AUGAAGACCUUCAUCUUCACUCAGCCCCCGUCCAUCACGCGGCAAUCGCGGGAGGACUACGUCGUGGACUCACGGGACAACAUCGUGCUGCAGUGUGAAGCACACGGCAACCCAGCGCCCACGUUCUUGUGGAGCAAAGAUGGCGUCAGCUUUGACCCCGACAGUGACCCCCACGUGCGGCGCCCAGGCGACACUUCGGGGUCCUUCACCGUCGACUUGGCGGCCGCGGCGGCGGCGGAGGGCGGCGGUGACGGUGACAGUGACGGUGACGCGGUGGAGGUCUACCAGGGGGUCUACCGCUGCUCGGCGCGUAACCGGGCUGGCACGGCGCUCAGUGCCAACAUCACCGUGAGGCUGGCGCGCGCCCCACGGUGGCCGCGUGAGCAGCUGGCGCCCGUCAUGGCCGCCGUGGGCUCCCCGGCCGUUCUGCACUGCCGCCCUCCUCCCCACGGCUUCCCUCCUCCCACCGUCUUCUGGCUGGACAGCUCCGUGGAGAAAGUGCCGCUGGAUGGGCGAGUGACGCAGGGUCCGGAGGGUGACCUGCAUUUCGCCAACGUGCUCCCCGGCGACGAGGGUGACUACGUGUGCCACGCGCGCUACCCGCACACGGGGGGCACCAUCCGCCACAAGCAGCCGCUACGGCUGGUCGUCACACGCGAGCGUCCGUCAAAAAGCCGGCCGGUGUUCGUGGAGCCCGCGGGGGAGACGAGCAGCAAGGUGGUGCUCACCGGGGAGACGCUGCUGUUGACGUGCAUCACACGAGGCCUCCCCACGCCGGAGGUGAGCUGGAGCAAGUGGGGUGGGAUGUUGUUGUCGUCGGAUGAGGAAGCCGCCCCCCUCGACGCACCCCCCGGCACGGCUCCGGCACGAGGCCGGCACGACCCCGGCACGACGCUGGCCAUCCGCAACGCGACGCUGUCACACGGCGGCAGCUACCAGUGCCGCGCCUUCAACAGCGAGGGCGUGGCGCUGCACACCGUCACGGUCACCGUGGAAGCCCCGCCCUCUCUGUUCGCUCCGCUGCCAGAGAGCCGCAGCUACGCGCCGGGGGACAGCGCCAAGCUCACGUGCUUCGCAAGCGGAAUCCCCGCACCGACCAUCCGCUGGUUCCUCAACGGUGUGCCCAUCGACGAAGCCCCCGCGGUGCCAGACCGGCGGGUGGACCGCGACUUCCUGACGCUGCCCUGGCUGCGGGAGGAAGACACCGGCGUGUACCAGUGCCAGGCCUCCAACCGUCACGGCACCAUCCUGGCCAACGCCUACGUCAACGUCCUGGCCGUGGCCCCACGGAUGCUGUCGAAGCCGGACAGGCUGUACACGGCCACAGAGGGACAGGCCGCGUACUUGGAAUGUGCCGUGUUUGGGUUGCCACGUCCCAACAUCCUGUGGUUCCAGGGCGAGCACGGCGCAUCCCUGGCGAGCGAGCGCCACCAAACCUUCGCCAACGGCACGCUGCUCAUCUCGGACCUGUCGCCUGCCGACUCCGACACGUACACCUGCUACGCGGUCAACAAGCUGCACCACCAGCAGCUCCAGGCACGCCUCUACGUCGAAGCCCGCUCCUCGUCAGAAGAAGAGGCGGUCGCCACGACGACUCAGAGCCCCUUCGUCAUCUCCGCAAUGGGCGUGGUGGUGGCGGCGGCCAUGCUCCCGCUAGUGACGCUUGCGGUGGUCGCCGCGUGCCUGUGA